AUGAACACGGCCGAAUACAACGCGCUGCUGCUCGACACUGCCUCCGACCACGGUAUCACGCGCCUGCGGAUUGAGGGUGGCAGCACCAUUGAUAUACAGCGGGUGCUUGGUAUCUUUACCACGCGUAACAAGAGGCUCCGGCAACUGCAGAUAGCGGUCAAGGUAGAGCUGGCGAGGUUCCAGCACGCCAAGCUCCGUCACAUUGACAGGCAGGCAAAAGGUCGUGCCGAUCGCCUUGCCAACGCCACUCUUGACCGCUGCCGUACCGAAGUAAAGUGUGGGGUGCAUAUCGAUGGACAGGUAUGCACCUCUACCUCCACGAUGGUCCCUGCACCCGCAGCUGCACCUCCGCCUGCCACACCGUAA